GUCAAAAGUCUGAUGGGGGCAGAGGGAUGCGUGAUGUUUCAGUUGUAUGGUUUCUGCACGUGUGAAACGUAUUCUGUAGUGAUUCUCCUUGUCAAGCAUGAGAUAGGAGCGGUGUGGUAUGUGCUUGAUACAGCAGAAGACAUAUCCUGUGAACAAGGAAGAGCUGUCUUUUUGAGGCUGAGGAGGCAGGAAUGGUAGCUGCUUUGGGAUAGCGGGUGCAUAAAGGUCAGUUGUUUCACUGUAACUGCACAAGUAACAGGUUUUGAAACAGUGACCGGGGAAAUGGGGCAAAUUUACUGCGUGAGUAAGCGCAUGAGGUGGAACGGUAUGAAGUUGGCUGAGCAGAGAGAGGUCAGGUCACCGGUAUGAGGGAGUGAAUGGGAGCAGGUUGUUUGUAACGUGGAGUAAGUAGGCCAUGAGGGAGCAGCAGGAGGUCAGUUGAACAGAGUGGGAAUAGCAGUGGGAAGUCUUUUGUGAAGCUGAGCACGGAGUAACUGGUUGAUUGUGCGAAGCUGUGAAAGGUGGGAUAGACCUUCAGACUGGGGGUGGCAGUUCUAGAGGAGUUGUGCUGUUGUUUUAUUAAUCGAGAGUGGGGUGGGGGUGGUAACGAAUGGCUGAAAAUUGACAGCGAAGGGGAUGGGAACAGCAGUAUACACGGGGAGGAUGGCAGCGUGCGUGCAGCCUGUUACUUAAAGCAGAGAAUGACAUAGCAGGUAGCACAGGGUUUGAGGGUGGCAGGGCCAGACCAAAGGUCCGACAGUGCCCGUGUGGUGUCGUUAGAUAGGCGGGAAGGUCGGGUUUUCUUUUGACCUCUUACAGUAAAGCAGGGAGGUGAAGUCUGGGCUACGGCCAAGCCCCGCGCAGUCAGUCCGCAGGGAGCCGCGCGCAGUUCGUCGCUCGGGGCUGUGCUGUGCAGACGGGGCUGGCGGCCCUGACCCGCUGGGCUUCGGUGACCUGGUUCCCACAGCGGCCGCCGGGGCUGCCCGUGACGAGCGAGGCGGCUCGGAUCAGCCUGCAGCUCCCGCAGCCGGCCAGCUGCGAGGGGGAGGAGUUGCGCCAGCUCCUGCGAGGGCUCGCUGUCGCUCGGAGCGCGUUCCGGUACGACGUCCCCGCCGCGCCGCUGCCCCCGCGGUGCCCGAGGGGGCCGCUGCCAAGCCGAGGCGAGGCUGGCGGGCCGCGGGGCGAAGCCAAGCCCCGGAGCCCCCACAGGUGGAUGCUCGCGGGCGAGGAGCCAAGCAGAUGACGCUCCUCGGCACGGCUCUCCCGAUCCCCAGCGGCCGGCGGCCGCUGCCAGCCCCCGGUGAUUCAUGGCAGGGGACGUGGAAGGGUUUAGCUCCUCCAUCCAUGACACCAGUGUCUCUGCUGGAUUCAGAGCACUGUAUGAGGAGGGAUUGCUUCUUGAUGUCACACUUGUCAUUGAAGACCACCAAUUUCAGGCCCAUAAAGCACUGCUUGCCACCCAGAGUGAUUACUUCAGGAUUAUGUUCACAGCUGACAUGCGGGAACGAGAUCAGGACAAAAUCCAUUUGAAAGGUCUGACAGCUACAGGCUUCAGUCAUGUCCUCCAGUUCAUGUACUAUGGAACUAUUGAACUGAGUAUGAACACUGUUCAUGAAAUCCUUCAGGCUGCCAUGUAUGUCCAGCUUAUAGAGGUGGUAAAAUUUUGCUGCUCUUUUCUCUUAGCUAAGAUCUGCUUAGAAAACUGUGCAGAAAUUAUGAGACUUCUGGAUGAUUUUGGUGUAAACAUCGAAGGAGUCAGGGAAAAAUUGGACUCCUUUCUGCUAGAGAAUUUUGUGCCGCUCAUGUCCAGACCUGACUUCCUUUCAUAUCUGAGCUUCGAGAAGCUCAUGUCUUACUUGGAUAAUGACCAUCUGAGCAGGUUUCCAGAGAUAGAGCUGUAUGAAGCUGUUCAGGCCUGGCUGCGCCAUGAUAGAAGACGCUGGAGGCAUACGGACACCAUCAUUCAGAACAUCAGGUUUUGUUUGAUGACACCAUCCAGUGUUUUUGAGAAGGUAAAAACAUCAGAGUUUUAUCGAUACUCCCGGCAGCUGCGACAUGAGGUUGACCAAGCCAUGAAUUACUUUCAUAGCGUUCACCAACAGCCUUUGAUGGAAAUGAAAUCGAACAAAAUUCGUUCUGCCAAACCCCAGACUGCUGUAUUUAGAGGAAUGAUAGGACACAGUAUGGUAAACAGUAAAAUUCUUCUCUUGCACAAACCAAGGGUCUGGUGGGAACUCGAGGGUCCUCAAGUACCUUUACGACCAGACUGCCUUGCCAUUGUGAAUAACUUUGUGUUCCUAUUAGGUGGGGAAGAACUGGGGCCAGACGGUGAGUUUCAUGCUUCAUCCAAAGUGUUUAGAUAUGACCCAAGACAGAACACUUGGUUACGAAUGGCAGACAUGUCUGUCCCACGGUCUGAGUUUGCUGUUGGAGUUAUUGGGAGGUAUGUUUACGCAGUGGCUGGGAGAACCAGGGACGAAACGUUUUACUCAACCGAACGGUAUGAUAUUACUGAAGAUAAAUGGGAGUUUGUGGAUCCCUAUCCGGUCAAUAAGUACGGACAUGAAGGGACUGUGCUUGGUAACAAGCUGUAUAUCACUGGUGGAAUUACAUCAUCUUCAACCUCUAAGCAAGUGUGUGUAUUUGAUCCCAGUAAAGAAGGGACAGUAGAGCAGCGAACAAGGAGAACUCAAGUGGUCACUAAUUGUUGGGAGAACAAGUGCAAAAUGAAUUAUGCGAGAUGCUUUCACAAAAUGAUUUCUUAUAAUGGUAAGCUGUAUGUCUUUGGUGGUGUCUGCGUGAUUCUAAGGGCCUCCUUUGAAUCUCAAGGGUGUCCGUCUACAGAGGUUUACGACCCAGAUACUGAUCAGUGGACUAUACUGGCUUCUAUGCCGAUUGGUAGGAGUGGUCAUGGUGUAGCUGUUCUGGACAAGCAGAUAAUGGUUCUUGGAGGCCUUUGUUACAAUGGUCAUUACAGUGAUUCGAUUCUCACCUUUGAUCCAGAGGAAAACAAAUGGAAAGAAGAUGAAUACCCAAGGAUGCCAUGUAAGCUGGAUGGCUUACAAGUCUGCAGCUUGCACUUCCCUGAAUAUGUUUUGGAGCAUGUUAGACGUUGCAGCUAAAAACGAAUGAACAACCCAGUGAAAUUUGAAAAGCUGAACUCCUUUGUCAGAAAACACAAACCAGUUGAAUUCCUUCAGAGACAUUAGCUUGUCUGUAUGAACAACUGCUAAAUGCUUCAGAGAAACGGGAUGUACAGGGAGAGUACUUACCAAGUUUAUUAGAAAAGUCAAUAGUUGGUCUGAUAUUGUAAAAGCUUUGUUUUUUUUAACAAACAUAAUUGUAAGUAGGAGAAAGAAAAAUAUAUUUUUGGGUGUGUUUACUUUUUUUGAUAGCAUUUCAUGUCCAUAAUACAUUAUUUUUUUCUUCUAUGGCCAUGAUACCACACUGCUUCUGAAAUCAAUUGAAUUUAACAAAAUAUUUCUGGAUGGAAGAGAAAAAAGACUUUAUUCUCAUUUUUUAUUGAGCAUCAAAGUAAAACUCAUUAACUAUACUAGGGUACAACCAGGUUUAAAAGAAGAAAACUAAACCAUUUUUGUGUUUUAUGUUGUCUUUGGAUGCUUUUCCCAUUAAUUGCAAAGUAUUCUCAAAUCUGCUAGGCGUUUCUGUUUUCCCUUAAAUACUUUCAAGAAUAAUCCUGACCCCUUUGCAUGGCUUUUUUCCUGGUUUUGUAUAGUAGUACCAGUGAGUCUGCCAAAACGCAAUUUACACAUUUUCUACAAAAUUGAAAAUGGAACUUUUUUUUAUUCAAAACACUACUUCUGUGCUGCUUUCUGUUGUCUGCAUUGUGUUUGUUGGUGAGUAAGGUAUUUACACACACAUGCAUACACUGUAAAAAAAAAAAAAAAAAAAAAAACAAAAAAAACCACCAUCUUUUCAUGUGCAGCUAUAAUAUAUUUUAACUAGUGCACAGAGUCAGCCAUAUCUGUUGAAUUUAAGGUAUAGUAUUUUCCAUUCAUGAACUACAUAAUUCAGAGUUCUUAAGUAACUGGAGGCCUCAUCUGUUCUCUUCAAAUUCUCAUUAGCAUAUACUAUUGAUUCAGUAACUUCAAAAUCUUUACAUUGAUUCUACGUAAUGAACUGUUAAUAAUUUGUUAUUUUAUAAAUUAUUUUUUAAAAGUAAACAUAUCUUACCUGAGUUUCUUUUAUGUUUGAAUGUGCUGCCCAGUCAUCAUUUUUAUGAAAAUGGAAACUGUAAGUAAGCAAAUGCUCAUCAGCACGGCUUUGACCCACGGUUAUUUUUGGAACUGGAUGUACUAUAGUUUAUUCUCAGCAGUGACUUCGCUUGUACUCAUAUUGGAGUGGUAUAAUCUUUUAUUAUUAAUGAUUUUUUAAUUAUCAGCUGCGGUGAACUACUGUGUUUUAAAAAUGUGGAGCCUCGGUGGUUGGAUGGUUGGUACCAUUUAUGUUUCUUUUACAAAAAAACAACAAAACAACCUUCAAACCUAUAGCUACUGACCUCAGAGUGCCUGAACUGAGUGAGAUGUGUGGUCCAAGUGGGCUUUUAAAAACUCAUUGUGUUAACUUGCAGAUAUUCUAACACUGCAUUGGUAAGAAUUAUCUGCCAAGGCAUAAAUAAUAAUGAGUAAUUUAAUCCUCAUUUUCUUUAAUUAUAUGAAAGUAGUCACUUCUAGAAUCUGAAUGAGAAAUGUGUGGAAGUCAGAGGCUUAGUUCAGACAUCUAGGGGCAAAAUGCUGAAACGUGCACCUGCAUAUUUUGUAAAAUCUUAUGCUACUGUGUUUUUUCUUUAAGCAAGAGACUCUACUUCAUAUGCAGCAAUGCAAGUCCACUUUAUUCAGCAUCUUCCAGUCAGAAAUCACUGUAGAAAAGGAAUGUACUGUACUCAGGGAGUUCAAAAGAAUGCACUUACAGAGGGACCAAAAUCGCACAAAAUGUCCUGUGUUAAAAACAACACCUACUUGCCUAAACUAAAUUUGAAAUCAUCAAUAGAAGUUAAAGCAAUGUGUAAAACUCCUCAUCCAUAUAUUUAGCGAUAUCAUUGUAGCAAUUAUGUUGGUUUCAGGUUUGAGGAUCUGGAGCUACGUGACAAGUCAGCAGGAUCUUUUCCAUAACAAUGAUUUAUUGAUAGAGUAUUUCCUUUCCAUAAGUUUUAACAGAGAGAAUGUAUGCCAUCAUAGCUGUGGUGAUAAGUUGUCUGUGCCAGUAGUGACUGGACCAAAUAUUGAUAUUCAGCCUUCUGAUGCAGACUGAGGUUUGCAGUUAUAUUUAAUUCUUUACUGGGUAAGAAAUAUAGUUUAAUUAAUAGCUUAACUUAAAGCCAACUUGGUUUACACUAAAACCUCAGUUUCACUGUGAGACGUCUGCGUACAUCGCCCUGCGUGGGUGCAGAGAUACCUGAUUCCAGGAGGUGCUGGCUGUGUGCAAGUUCUGCUGUACCUAUCUCAUAGGAUGUUAGGGCACAAGAAAAAAAAUACUUGUUUCUUUUCUUUCUUUUUUUUGUUACUGUUCAUAUUCUUUUUGCUACCAGCUCGUUUCUUAAGUGUAUGGGGCAGCAAAAACCUAAUCCUGCUCAAGUAAGCUUUAAUGGGCAUUAUGGGUACGGCGUACUUUACCUGUCAGUCUGGGGAAUGGAUGUGGUUCUGGAAACCUGGUCUUCCAUGUUUCAGGUGUAGUAAAUGCACAUGGUUAAGACUCUAUU